AAACAACACGGCUAACCGACGGGUUGUGAGAGUAUGAGUGUGGGUGGGUAUCCAUGAGUUGGAUACACUUAAAUUCGAAUCCAAUCCAACCAUUGAAUAGUGCAGCGGGUUUCAACCCGAACCCAACCCAUAUUUCAUCAAUAUAGAUUUUACUCGCUUUAAUCGGGUUGAAUAGAGUAGUAUGAAUUCCGAUUUUGUUGCCAUCACUAUGUUGAAAAUUGAAACAAACAUAUGAGUUAUGACCGCGCUGGGAGGAGAGGAACCUCUUUCUGAUAUUGUUGGGCUUUAGCUGAGUGGGCCUUUUAUGAAAAGCUCAUCAGCCCAAGUAGUCCAUGGCAUGCAAUGCAAGUCAAAAAUGCAGGGACGGAGCAACUUGCUUCAUCACUCCCCGACCUGGCGACCUCUAAACCCUAAAACCCUUAAAGCUUCCAUCCGCUAGAGCCUAUAAGUAUAAGACCCUCGCCCGCCUCCAAAUUGACAGAGCACACGAAACCUAGCCCCAAUCUCGUUCGUUUACUGUUCUAAUCGAGCUACAAUGGCACCUCCAAGAGGAAGAUCCGGUGGUUUCAGAGGUGGAAGGGGCGGUGAUAGCGGCGGCCGAGGAAGGGGCGGCGGCCGCGGCGGCGGUAGAUUCGGUGACCGGGGCGGGAGUGGGAUGAAGCCCCGUGGCGGAGGUCGCGGCGGUUUCGGCGGCCGUGGUGGAGGGAGGGGUCGUGGCGGUGGCCGUGGAGGCGGCGGGAUGAAAGGUGGGAGCAAAGUUGUGGUUGAGCCUCAUAGACACGAAGGUGUGUUUAUUGCCAAGGGGAAAGAAGAUGCUCUUGUUACAAAGAAUCUUGUUCCUGGCGAGGCUGUCUACAAUGAGAAGAGGGUAUCUGUGCAGAAUGAAGAUGGGACUAAGGUUGAGUACAGGGUUUGGAACCCCUUCAGGUCGAAGUUGGCAGCUGCAAUCCUCGGUGGUGUUGAUAAUAUCUGGAUUAAACCAGGUGCUAAGGUUCUCUACCUUGGAGCUGCAUCAGGAACUACUGUGUCUCACGUGUCAGAUCUUGUUGGCCCCACUGGAGUGGUUUAUGCAGUGGAGUUUUCACAUAGAAGUGGUAGGGAUUUGGUGAACAUGGCUAAAAAGCGCACAAAUGUUAUUCCUAUCAUUGAAGAUGCUAGGCAUCCAGCCAAGUACCGCAUGCUAGUAGGCAUGGUUGAUGUCAUAUUUUCUGAUGUUGCUCAACCUGAUCAGGCUAGGAUUCUAGCGCUGAACGCAUCUUACUUCUUGAAGGCUGGUGGUCACUUUGUCAUCUCUAUCAAGGCAAACUGCAUUGACUCCACAGUGCCGGCAGAGGCAGUGUUUGAGAGUGAAGUGAAGAAGAUGACACAGGAGCAAUUCAAGCCUGCCGAGCAGGUGACACUGGAGCCAUUUGAGAGAGACCACGCGUGUGUCAUUGGUGCUUAUCGUGUUCCUAAGAAGCAGAAAGCUUGAAGUCUUUUUCCUGGACCUGUAGUAUUUCGAUAUCUUGAGAUCCUUGAUGACUUUGUAGCUUAGAUAGCUUGCAUGCCCCCUUGUUGUUGGGGCCUUGUAUUAUUUUUUAUAACUACUGCUCCUUUGGUGCGAGUCAGAAUUUUGUGGGAUGAAAAGCUGGUCUGCCUAAGUUAUAUAUUUUGUGCCAACUAUAUAAGCAUUUGUGCCUAUGCAAUUCUCCUCUUAUGCGAAAAUAUGAUUGAAGGAAAGUGAAAACUGUUUAACAGGCAGCGCUUAUUACAGAAUAUAAAACGCGACUGAUGCG